ACUCUUAAAUGAGCCUAAAGCUUAUUUGGCAACAACCCAUUGGCACUCAAAGAUAACACCAUAAAUAACAUUUCUUAAAAGCAAAAUAAAAUUCCCAAAAUACCCCUCUCUUCUUCAUCUCCAACAAAAAAACUGUACUGAUUCAGAUUCAAGAACCCCUCACCCACUAACCAAAAUCAAGAUACCAAAAUUAUAAAAACAAAUAUAAACAAGUAACCUUCAAAUCCAACUUCACACAGCAAAGCAUUUCCUAUCAGUUUAGUGUUAAAAAGACUCUGUCUUUGUUGCUUCUUCAACGCGCCAUUAAAAAGGCCAUUUCAUAAAACAAUAAACAAUAUGAAAACAUCAUGAUUCUCACGUCCCACAUCUCUUAACUUGGAAAAAAAAUUUCAAUCUUUAACCCUAUUUCCAUCAUUUUCUUGAAUUAGUCUUUACUGGGUUUUGGUUAUUCUUGUAAUUUCAAUCCAAGAAUCCAAUAAAAAAAAAUCAUUUUUUUAUUGGAUUCUUGGUACAUUUUAAAACUCUUUGUUAAGGGAAAAAUUUCCAUCUUUACCCCAUUUCCUCCAUUUUGUUGAAUUAGUCUUUACUGGGGUUUGGUUAUUCUUGCAAUUUCAAUUCAAGAAUCUGAAAAAAAAAAAAAAAAAAAAAUUUAGUGGAUUCUUGGUACAUUUUUAUAUCCAUGUUCACCCCAUUUACCCCAUUUUGUUGAAUUGGUCUUUGCUGGGGUUUGGUUAUUCUUGCAAUAUCAAUUCAAGAAUCUGAAAAAAAUCAAUUUUUUAUUGGAUUCUUGAUACAUUUUUAUACUAAAACCAUGACAGAGGUUCUUCAUUCCUCUCCUUCAUCUUCUUCUCCUUCAAUAACUACACCUACACACAAUGGCACAAUUUUUAUAGAAGAAAUUAGUGGUUCUGAAAUUGCUGUUUGUGGUGGUGAUAGUGAGGAAGAAAUAGGAGAAGAAGAAAGGGAAAAAGGGAGAGAUAAAGAAAGAGAUCAUUUGUCAUUGUUAGCACUUUUGGUUACAUUGUUUAGGAAGAGUUUUUGGUUAGCUUGUAAAAAUAAGGAAGGAGGAGGAGAUUUGUGUGGUGGUAGGGGUAUGGAAAUUGGAUGGCCAACUAAUGUGCGCCACGUUGCACAUGUUACCUUUGAUAGGUUUAAUGGAUUUUUGGGAUUACCUGUUGAAUUUGAACCUGAAGUUUCCACAAGGGCACCCAGUGCAAGUACCACUGUAUUUGGAGUGUCAACGGAGUCCAUGCAAUUGUCAUUCGACUCCCGUGGGAACAGUGUCCCAACUAUUCUACUUCUAAUGCAAAGGCGUUUGUAUGCUCAAGGGGGUCUACAGGCAGAAGGGAUUUUCAGAAUAAAUGCUGAAAACAGCGAGGAGGAGCUUGUUAGGGAGCAAUUAAACCAGGGAAUAGUUCCGGAUGGCAUUGAUAUACAUUGUCUGGCAGGCCUCAUUAAGGCUUGGUUCAGGGAACUCCCAAGUGGGGUGUUGGACACUCUUUCUCCCGAGCAGGUCAUGCAAGCCCAAUCAGAAGAGGACUGUACUGCGCUCGUGAGACUUCUGCCACCGACAGAAGCUGCUCUGCUGGACUGGGCUAUCAAUCUCAUGGCUGAUGUUGUCCAGGAGGAACACCUCAACAAGAUGAAUUCGCGCAAUAUCGCAAUGGUGUUUGCUCCUAACAUGACACAGAUGGCAGAUCCAUUGACUGCACUGAUGUAUGCUGUCCAAGUAAUGAAUUUCUUGAGGACACUCAUCGAAAAGACCUUAACAGAAAGAGAAGAUUCCCUUGUUGAACCAAAUUCUGCCUCUAACCUAGACCGGCCUGAUGAGAAUGGUCGUCAAAGUCCACCACUAUUCUCUUUGGAGAACUCCAAUGAAUCAAAUGAACCAACUGAGCAGGCGUACACUGUAGAUGAACCUGAUUCAGCCAGUGUUUCUGAAUCAUCUAAUCGAGUAGAUAACAUCACUGAUGAUGAAUAUCUUAGUUAUACAACUUCUUCAGAGGAAUCCGAUGCUUGUGAAACUCCUAUUCAUGUUAUUAAUAUCAAGGCAAGAGAAGCCUUUGUGACAAAAACUCCAAAUCUUGAAGAGGACACCCAAAGGAUAGGCCAAUCAAGCGAUUCUAAUCAGACUAAGGAUGUUCUGAAAAUUGAUUUAGAGCCAAUUGACAAUAAAUCAAAAGGAAUAAGCAACUUGAGCCGAAUAAAUUCAAUGACAGAGCGGACAGAAGCUUGGCGGUGAAGUGGAUUGAAAAGCUUUCGAUGCUGACUAAGAUGGUAACAGUUUCUGUUUGGUUGUGAAAAUGUGAAUCCUAACACUUCAUGUAUGUGAUUUAGUGUACUGUGGGUGGUUUGUUUAACUGGUUACGGUUUGAUGUGUACAUUAUACUGUCUAUCUUUCUGAAUACUAGAAAUGCGAAUAUGACUUGAUCUGCA